AUGACGGACGUGGCCAAGUGGGAGAAACAGCUGGAGCGCGUUUUGGCGGAUGGCAGUGACGCACCGAAGAUACUCGCGGCAAUUGAGAAGAUUCUAUCAGUGAAUUCCAAACAUGUGUUUGCCCUCCGUUGUAAAGUUGUUUGUCUUUUGCAUCAGGACAAACACGCCUCAGCGCUUACCGUGCUUGAGCAGAUUGCUGCUGUGGACCCUGCACUGCUCCGGUCCUCACAGGACUACGCUUUCCAGAAGGCCUACUGCCUGUACAGGGCGCUAGACCACCACCAGGCACGAUGUGUCCUGUUGAACGACGCCCCGCAGACGGCGGAACACGUGCCUUCGCAGCAUCUUCUUGCGCAAGUGCAUUAUCAUCUUGAGGAGUACGGGGCCGCCGCCCGCAUCUACGAGGCGUUGCUGGCGAAGGGGGAAUUUCGGGACGAGCAUGAAAAGACGGAGUUACUGACUAACUACGCUGCUGCCUGUUCCGCUAUCGACGCGCGAAAGACUCAGGCGAUUGUGCGGGCGGCGGACGAAAAGACCGCAGAUUUAUUGUACAAUGCGGCGACGGCACAGCUGGUGGUGCAGGACUACGCUGCUGCGCUGCAGACGCUACAACAGGCUGAGUCGCUCUGUGCACGAGCCUAUCCCACGAGCCGCCUGCGGUCGUUUCAGGAUGCCUGUUCCAAAAGCGACAUGGAGCUUCGCUCGUUGUUGGAUAUUAAGGGCUCGCCGGAGCGUGCCUUUUUUAAUGAUGUCGCUAGCAUCUGGGUUCAGACGGCGUAUGUACACUACGCCAUGCAUGAUGAAGAGAAGGCAGCUGCCCUGCUUAAUUUGGUGCUGCGGUAUCGCCCCUUGUCUGCCGUCACUCUUGCGGUGGCGUCAAUCAACUGGACAGCCAUUCAUCGCCAUCGCGACUUUUUCGACACGCAUCGUAAGCUCAAGGCGGCGCAGAAUCCGGCAGUGAAUAAUCGAUUGACAUCCCGGCAGCGUCUGUUGGUGCGGUAUAACACGGCGAUGCUUCUGUUGCAUACCAGAAAUUUCAAUGCAUUGAGGCGCCAAGUGGAACUUCUUGCCAAUGAAUACCCGGAUUCUGAUCUCACGCAUUCACUCAAGCUGGCGCUGGCAGUUCGCGAUAGUAAGAAGAAGCGCCAGUCAGACUACAAGAAUCUCACGGAGUACCUGAAGAGCUACCAGCAAAGCGUUGGGGCGCAGCAACGUCAGGAGAGGGAGCAGCAGCAGCAACAACAAGGAGAUCCUUCAGUAGGGAAAUUGCUGCCACUGAUCGCCGCACAGAUUUUUCUUGAAAAUGGGGAUCUUGAACAUGCCAUUGAGUCUCUUUCGGCUGCUCCAGAUGAUAUCCUGAAAAAGCCGUGUACGUUGAUGACCCUGACAACAUGGAAGGUUCAAUUGGGCGACGUGAAGGGGGCAAAGCAGCUGCUUACUGAGUUUGCUGCCGCCGCACCGAAAGGGAUCGCUGUUGUGAAGCCGAUCCUUUUCUGGGCAGUGCAAUUCUUGACGGCAAGGGGACUGAACGCAGACGCCGUGGAUGUCAUCCGCGCCACGCAGGGUGCUUUGCCAGUGCUGCAGGAUGACAAGGAGGCUAGGGCGCUUUUGGCGUUGUGCCUUUCGCACUAUGACAUGCAGGGGGCACGGGCAUGCAUGGAGGCGAUUCCUGAGGCUGGAUUUACUGGUACACAUACGGACAGGAAAAUGUCUUUAUCAGCUAUCGCCGAGAUUGAAUCGCAGCAACCAUCACGGCAUAGCAUUGAGGCACUUGGGUACCAUCGUGUGACACUUGACAACGAUGAUGGCAACGGUAAUAACGCCAAGGUGAAACGGGCGCGGCGCCGCCCAAUGCGGCGUCCGCCGAAGAACUUGGAUGCCCGCUUUGACCCCGAGCGGUGGAUUCCCAUGUCACAUCGCUCGUACAUAAAAGACUUGCCGGAGCGGAGAAAGCGGGAACUUAAACGCCUGCGCGCGAGUGAACAGGAGCAGAAGCGGCAUGAAGCGGAAAAAAGAAAGAUGGCGGUGACGGACCGUAAUUAG